AUGAAAAAGCCCGUUGCUUUUGUCAGUGAGGUAACAACCAUGCGCCAUCACAUGGACACUUUUCAUUGUAAUGACUAUAUCCAAUGGGCGGACACCAACAAAUUCACGUCAAUGUUACCGAGGGACACGAAGUGUUGCAAGCUAGAUGCUGCAGCAGACUCUCAAGCUCGUCUCGAUGUGCACCUUUCUGAGAAGAAACCCAAAGAUCGCUUAGUACCAUAUUCAGACACACUCUUCCAUGAGGCUGCUAUUGAGUGGCUUAUCAAAACUGAUCAGCCUAUUGAUGCACUAAAUCACAAAUCUUUCAAAUACAUGAUUGACACAGCUGCACGUGCCACCAAUGGCGUCAAAAUACCUGGUCGACGACAGAUGCGGCAAGCUAUUAUCAAUCUUUUUAAAUGCAAUCUUACCAAUCUUCGCAACCAGCUACUCGUACGUGUUCAUACUCACGCAGUUUUAGCUCACUAA